GUCGCGUCAUCUGGUCUUCAUCUGUUUCUGUGUUCAGGAUAGUUAGUCCAUUGUGGGCAUGAUGCGUAUUAAGCAUUGCAACACUUAAAAGCGCGAUCGUGGGGUCGCCCGGUUAUGAAAAAGCAAUGAGCAGACCACCAUGAUCAUGAACAAAAAGCCGCAUCAGAAAUUGAUCCUUGCAUGCCCAAGCCCGCACAAACCCAUUUUCAAAACGACCAUGGGCUAAGCCACGCCCAAACGAUGCAACGAUCCCAGAGGUCUUGAUGUAGGUUCCAACUCCGGUGGCAUCUUCGUGUUCGUUCUUUCUCCAUUUCGUGCGACUUUCUUUUUUACGUCUCUUUCUGGUUCUGCCGCCGUUGCGUGCAAGGGGGAUAAAUCCUGCUGCCCCACCACCGCUUCAUCCAUAGGAGGCGGGCUUCACGGCAAAACCAAAUCCACUGCAAACGGCGCUGCAGUAGUAAGUUGUCCGCGCAGCUUGUUUCAUCGGCGCAUGGGAGAUGUUUCGCCGCUGCCUCCUGCUCCUCCUAAUUGCAUCACUACGCGAGGAGCGCCUGCACGCUGCCGAAGGUAGUUCCUUUCUCAAUACCACUCCACGACCGGCAUCGUCGACGGCUACCUCUUCACAAAACGCAUACAAUGCAGGACCCGCGAGCGAGUACAACCCAGCACAAUACACACUUCGCCGGCAGGCGCGAAUCAAUGAGGAUUUUUCCACCGCUGUCCUCGAAGAUUAUAAUGCUGAUAGCCGCAGCGCUGAAUUGGUACGAGCUAUCUCAGCACUAAGUGAAGAUGAUGAUUACACCGAUGACCACGAGAAGGAAGUGCAUAAGCGAGUGCAACAAAGCGAAUUUGAACUCGCGAAGAAGCGGCUCCGCGACACCCUGCUCCUUCUCGACCGGACUCGACGGCACAAAGACACACUUGGGAAGAAGAUCAGCGAAGAACAUCAAGAUGCAGGCGUUUUUCAUCAUCGUGGGAGAACUCCAAUCAGUCGAGACCCGUUCCCGCCCCGUACGGACGCUGUGGACAACUUUGCGUUAUGCCAGAGGAAAAAUAACUUGGUUUCGGCCAAUGGAAAUCGGUUGACAGCGCCCUAUUUCCGACCAACGAGGAGACCACUAUCCGGACGGGCGGGAGGCUCAGUGGGCAUCAACAAGAAACCACUUUCACACAACGCUGCACGAGAAGAACACGAAGAUCAUGAUCGGCCCAGAGCGGCCUUCUUUCCUUGCAGUCCACCGUGUUGCAACGGCGGCAACAGGUUGCCGGCGUCUCCUCGUGCACGACGGUCGGAAAGUGCUAGAGAUGAAGAGAUCGAUGAACCACGGCUAUCAGAACAAGUAGAAUUCUCUCCGGCGGCCAAAGUCGUAGUGAAAUGCGCGCCUCCACCUCCGGAUCUGAGGUCGUGCAUGAAGGGAGCCAGAAGGGAGGCUGCAAUUCGAAGUGCAGCUGUUGCCGUUGAUGAUACCGAGAUGGAACAAUCAAGAAGCGAUUGUAGCGUACCAGCGGUUGCGGUUGCCACAGCGGACCUAGAUGAAAAUAAACACGUUCAUUUCGCCACCCCCCUCGCCUCCGUUUUGGUUUUUGACAAAAACGCGAUUGACCGGGAAUGGCGACGGAAGGAGCGGGACGAAAGGGUGAAAAUUGUCGUCGGCGGGUUGCAACGGUUUUUGAAAGGAGCACCUCCUGGUGCUGGUCGUGGUGGUGUAAGUGGUUUGGCAGGGAGAGGUGGAAGUGGAACAGCAUCAACCGGUGGCGAAGUGGAAGCGGCCGCAGCUGAUGAAGGUACUAGUACUACGAGCAGUGUCGUGGAGGUGAAUCAUGAUCCCGCGUCAUUGACUACACCGAUAGACGAGAUUGUGGCAGAGUACAAGCACCACAUGGGGAUUGCAGAGGACGAAGUGCGACUGGAGGACGUUGAGAUACAAGCAGCUGCAGCAUCAUCUCCUUUUCAUCAGGAUCCACGUGUGGCAAAGAACAGCACAACGAGAGCAACUACUACAGGAGAUGAUACAUCGAAAACUAGCGAAGAUCUUCAAGAUCAUGAUCAACAGAGCAAAGUGAUUCGACAAGUGUCCAAACAUCUAGCGCGAAGACCGUCGCUGGAAGAACCGGGAGCUGGGUCCUCUUCGUCUUCUAAUCGCCAAAACCAAAAGAAGAACUACCGGAUGGAACACUCUUCACAUUUACCAGAACCAAGUUUCCGGCACUUGAAUCUUUUUCGUGUAGGACACAUUCUGAGCGACAGAAGCAGUCGCAGUCCUGAGGCCGUUGACUACAGCACAGCGGGUUUUACUCCGGCAGCACUAGCUUCCUCCUCUACCGCAGAAGUUGUUUUUCCUCGGAUAUCUAGUACUAACACUCCGCCAAGCAGCCCUCUCCACACAGAGAUUGCUGACGGUGAGGCGCAACAUUGGGAAGAGGAGGAGGACGACGGGCCACAGAGUGAUGCGCCUGCUCUUGGCGAAAGAGAUACUCAUGGUGGAGGAACGGGGGAUUUUUCAGCACAAGAAACAAGUCCGACCAGUAGUUGCAACAGUGUAACAACGGAGGGGUUAGCGUCUCCGGUUCCUGGAGUGACGGGCCGGACGUUGAGGAAGGGGAGUAGGUUCCGGCCGCAUGAAAACGGAAAAGAUUGUCAACAACUACGCAGCACGGGGCUGGACCAAGAUCGUGGCGAAUUUUUAUCCGCGACAAAACAGCACGACCGCAUCCCGAUAGGAGUAGCGGGAGGUGUGUUCAAGCAACAGCAAGGGAACAACGUAGAAGACGAAAGCCAAGACAGUAGAGUGCGCGGCCUGUCCUCCUUGUCGACGCUGUCUGCAGUGUCAAGUGCAGCAACCAACGCUUCUGCCGUUUGAUCAUGGCGUCGAUCGAGCCCUCGUCGAUCGACCCCCAUUCUGGGAGCGGGCUGAAGUUUACAGGGGGAUAAUUGAAUCUCGGGUGCCAUUGAGUUCCUUCCGUGCAGUGAAACGGAAAGAGGAUGAAGUGGCUCUGGUUGUAAAGAAGUCCAGACCUCGAUCCAUAUUUAUUUUCGACAUGAUCGUAGACCUUUUGCUUUUUGUACGAUUGGAUUAGAUCUGCACUUGGCAGCUGCGUGGAAAUAGAAAUUUAGUGAAAGUGAGCUUGUUUUGGGAAUGUCAAUGUACGGAUCCGUCGUGUUUGCGAAAUUCAAAGGAAAAGAAGCACUUAAAAUGAAAAAAGGGCACCAUGAUUAUCGGGUCGAUGUGCACGACCGGUACCUGAACAGCAAAGUCAGGAGCUAGUGUAACGUAGCGCCUUCUUAG